AUGGUUUCUGCUGGAUCAAUUACAGUUGCUGUCCGAGUUCGGCCUCCAACAUCUUGGGAGGCAGCCCGUUUGCCCGAGCCCAACUACGAAAUCUCAAUACGCGGCGAUGGGACCCUUUCGACACCACUUCUCCCAGCAGCAAGCACCGCGCCUUUAAGGGACAUUGUCCAGAUCGUCGACGACCGGAUACUUACAUUCGACCCCAAUGAGAAGGAUCAAGCCAAAGCAUUCGUGGAAAGAGGCUUCGUCCCGCCUGGAACGAAGCGAUACAAAGAUAGGAGGUUCAUGUUCGAUAAAGUCUUCGGCCACAGCACAUCACAAAGCGAUGUCUACGGGGCCACGGCUCAACCGUUGCUGAAGGGCUUGCUUGACGGAUAUAAUGCCACAGUGUUUGCAUAUGGCGCAACUGGCUGCGGCAAAACCCAUACCAUCAGUGGUACCGACGCUGACCCAGGGAUAAUCUACCUCACAAUGGCCGAUCUCUUUCAACGAAUCGACGACAGAAGCGAAGAUUGGAACGUCGAAGUCAUGGUCACAUUCUUGGAAAUAUACAACGAAGAGAUCCGCGACCUGCUCGCAGAGCCCGGAUCCGUCGCGCCGAAGGGAGGUCUAAACAUCCGGGAAGACAAGACGGUAAAAGUUGUCGGUUUGACCGAGCUUCGGCCGCGCACAGCAGACGAAGUCAAGUCGAUUGUGCUACAGGGCAAUCUACGCCGCACUCAGAGUCCGACGCACGCCAAUGAGACGAGCUCGCGAAGUCACGCUGUUCUCCAGGUUCAUGUAAUGCAGUCGCCUCGAACGCCUGGCCUGUCGGAGCAGCGAACGGUAGCCACUUUGUCCAUAAUCGAUCUUGCCGGUAGCGAGCGUGCAGCGGCAACGAUGAACAUGGGUCAGCGCAUGGUGGAAGGUGCCAACAUCAACAAGUCGCUACUAGCCCUGGGCAACUGUAUAAACGCGCUUUGCGAGAGCGGAGGGGCAAUACGCCAUGUCCCUUAUCGAAACAGCAAGUUGACGCGACUCCUGAAGUUCUCUUUGGGGGGUAAUUGCAAGACCGUGAUGAUCGUGUGCGUCGCGCCGACGUCCAACCACUUCGACGAUACACACAACACCCUCAUUUACGCUGAGCGCGCGACGAAGAUCAAGACGAAGGUUGUUACCCGCAAUGUCGUCAACGUCGACAGACACGUGGGCCGCUAUGUCGAGGCUAUUAAUCGUCUCAACAAUGAGAUUGCCGAGCUCAAGGCGAAGUUGGCCGGAAAGCGUGACAAGGAGAAAGAGAUCCAAGAACGGCGGAAGGCAGAGGCUCAGGCUGAAGUGGAGAGGGCGAAGAGCGACUUGCAGACCAAGAUUGAACAGAGCAAGGCUACCAUUGCGGACGGUGCUGCCUGUUCAGGGAAGAUAUCUGUUGCGAAGGUCAAGCUCUCUGCUAUCAACUCCAGGAUAUCUCAAAUCGAGGCCCUUCCGUCUGUUGGAGCCGAUCUGGAGGCCGAACGCGCGCUGCUGAAGGCAUUGGCGACUCCGGAAGAGGAAGUUGUUACGCCACAGUCUAUCUUUAACACCAGACUCCAGCGUUCUUCCAAUUCGAGCGCGAUGUUGGAAGCUACCCUUCGGGCAGCCUCCGAGCGCAGGUCCGACAAGCUUGAUGCGGUCAGCGUUGAUAACGUCAAACUAGAUUCACAACUCAAGAAGACAGAGAUCGAGCGAAUCAGAGCAGAGAGCGAGAGGGACGCCAUGAACGAUGCCGUCAGUGAUAUGGCGCAAGUCAUGGUCACGUUGAUCGGGAUCCUGGGGAGAUGCACAGUCAUGGUUGGUGAAGCCGCUAGGCUUCUUCAACAAUCCCCAGAUGGCGACGCCGAAGGGUUGUCGACUACAGCUCAGACUGUUAGGGGGCUGCUGAACACAUUAAAGGAGAAGAAUGACGAUUCUUUUAAGAGCCUCGUUGGGCACUCCACUGAAGGUUACACUCUAUCGAACACUCAGCUCGAUGCCUUCUCCGGGUAUGACACCACCUUCACACGCAGGAUUAGUUCCGGACCAGCAGUCAUGCAGAAUGGAGGCUCGAAAUCAAGUAGUUCACGCCGAACGUCAACAUAUGGCGCAAACCCCCCGUCUCCAAGGCGCUCGCACAGAACACCUAGGAAGUCGCUUCGCAUGAGCAUAAACUCGCAACCGUACAGAAGGGUGUCGAACGAGAAGAAGCCCACCAAACCCACGAAGAACGUUCAAUGGAAAGACGAAGCUGGUCAAGGGGAAUUGGACGAUCGGUCGAAGUCCAAUAUCAUUGUCAUUACGCCGGGAACGCCAGAUGUCUCGUCGGCUGACGCCGCUGCGCCUUCAUCGACCGGCAGCACCCGCCCACCUUCCAGAGCUACGUCUGUCGCGGGAUCUGAAAGCGACUGGGAAGAUGAGGCGGAGAAGACGGAUGAUAGCUUCAACCUCAGCUUUGUGUCCUCUUCUCUUCCGCCGUCAACAGGAAACCCAGGGCGUCCACACCACAGGCCUCGGCCUGGCUUCUCACGAAACAAGCCAACCAGAGGCUCUACGCUGGGAAGCUUGACAGAGGACUACGAGGGCGAGGCUAUCAAUGGAUCACCGCAAAGGAGGCCCCACCCUCUCGCCGACCGAAGCAUGAACCAAUUCUCUGAGAACUCCCUCAUGAUACCCAAGGGACGGGACCGGCUGCUGAACAGUCCCUCCCGGCGAGGGCCUUCUACGAAUAGUUCGGGCUCGGGGCUAAACAGGAGUGUCAACGGGAGGCGGCGGUCCAACGUUGGGCCAAUGCGCAACGAGAAGGGGAGGCGACGUUCAAGCUUAAUACCGCAGCUCUCGCCGAGAGUCAGCCUCGACAAGAAUGACGCGCCUGGGGAAGUCAAUUCUGGUCCCCGGCGAGUGGCUGCCGCUUCGCCAGGGAAACGCAUGAAGAGGCUGUCACUGUCGGGGUCGAAGUCGAUGUCAUUCAGGACCAAGAACGAUUAUGUUGUCACCGUACUCGGCAUUGUUAUCGACUGUUAA